AUGUCAGAUCCUCACAGCUCCUCAGUCAUGCUGCGUCCAACUUUCCUCUGCCUCUUUCUGGCAUGUGCAGUGUCUCUUAGCAGCGCUGCUGUAAUUCUAGAGAAUGGCAUGCCCAUCCUGUGGGCCCACACGGCCGAACAACUAACUGACCUGCCGGUACAGAAUGACAUCCUGAACCCCGACCCAUGGCACUUCCUUCACCGCAUGAGUCUUUACCGGCUAAUGAUAGCUGCCACAGACCCGUUUAUGGGAUGCAUGGGGACAAAUGCCACAGACAAUCCAAUGUGGGGACUGGCACUGCAGCUGGGAUGGAUGCUAACCUCAGGGCGUCUCGCUGACCCAAGCGGUGCUACAACCUGCGGCCUGCAAACAGGAGAUACUAUGUGUGUUUCUCCUCAGAGCUGGUGGAGCUGUGUGAACUACUAUGUUUCUGCACUGCCCUUCCUGUCUGCUGCGCAGCAGGGCUUUAUGGGAGCAGGAGUUCAGGUCCAGAUGCAGGUACCUGACGGUGUACAGGGCUAUUGCACCACAUAUGCUGACUGUUCAACUACCUACCCUGACGCCAUGACUAAGUGGGAUGCCUUUUUCCAGGGUCUCAAGGCUGCGGCUGACUCCCCUCUCCCUGAUAAUGAGAAGAAAGACUCUCUCCUGGGUCUCUACUGGGAUGCCCAAAUGGCUUCAUCUUAUGCCUCUGCAGCAUGCAACCCCAAGCAGAGCCAAUACUCCUCUGUAGAGGUGGCAUUCGCUAAGAGCUGGCUGAACUCAGCUGAGUACGUGUCUGCGGCACAUUUUCAGUCCAAUUUGGAACAAUCUGCAAUGUUCUUAACCCCUCUCCCAAGUCGUAUCUUAAAGGAGGACGACGUUGCGCCUAACAUAGCCGAUCUGAAUCAUGAGGAGAACCACUCACUUUAUAUCUUCUCCUGGAUGACCAACGCCAACAGUCUACUCGGUGGGAGACUGGUAAGUCUGUGGAAAAGGGCCAUGUGUUCAGUGAGCACAAGAGAGAAAGGCAGAGAGAUGCUGCAGCAGCUCCUACUGAAUCCCGGCUUCGCCACAACCACUUUCCUGUCCAUCGCCACUGGAAUGACUACGAGCUGCUGAGAGACAUAGCAACUCCGAUUAAAUAGUCGAAGUC